AUGGGGAUCACCUUAACCCUGCGACAAGUAUGCGAGGGCUACCGGGUACUUGCGGCCAUACUUGCCAGGCGUAAAGUGGCAGUGGCGUUCCUGCAGGAGACACGGUGGAAGGCCAACAGGAGCCGAAAUAUUGGGUACGGCUACAAGCUGAUCUAUACAGGCUCUUCUGGUGGGGAGAACGGUGUGGCAGUGGUGCUUGCCGAGCAUUUCCAAGAUAGCGUCUUGGAAGUUAGACGCAUAUGCGACCGACUUAUGGUAGUAAGGUUGCUUGUUAAGGGUGUCGUGACCCACUUAAUAAGUGCCUACGCCCCACAGGUCGGCUGCAGCGACGCGGAUAAGACGCUGUUUUGGGAUCGGCUCGGAGAUUUACUACGCGGCAUACCGUUGUCCCACGAUGUCGUGUUGGGUGACGACCUGAACGGUCAUAUGGGCGAGGUGCAGGGGGAUAAUGAACGUGUCCACGGCGGCUAUGGUUACGGUCGAAGAAACGCAGAGGAGGAAACCAUUCUCAGAACCUGCAUUGCAGCUGACCUGGCCGUCGUGAAAACGUUCUUCAAAAAGAAAACCAAGCACCUGAUUACCUACAGGAGCGGUCGGAACGCCACUCAAAUCGAAUAUCUAUCUACUGAUCAGGAGAAUUCAUAUCAGUAG